GUAACGAUUAAUAGAAACAAUCGAGUCUCAGCGUGGAAAGUAGCGAAAAAUGGGUCUUUUUGAUUGCGUUGGUGGAAUCAUGCUCGCCAUUUUUAGAUGGGGCAUCUUCAUUGUGAACUUCCUAAAUUUGCUGUUUGGGGGAACUGUUAUUUUCGUUGGCAUUGCAAUUCUGGCUAGGCUUGAUAUUGCUGGAUUAGAAGGCCUUACGGACUCUGAUGCAAUUGGAGUUGUUUUAAUAAUCGCCGGAAUAUUCUCUGUCGCAAUAGCGUUUACCGGCUGCUUUGGCACUCUGAAAGGCUCACCUACUUUGAUGAAGACGUACGCUGGUGUCAUGUUCGUCUUGUGCGCGCUUAAUUUCAUUUCUGCCAUAUUUGCCUUCAUUGGCGCGUCCUACGGAGCUGGAGCGGUCUCCAUGGUUGUUUCCGUGCUGGAGCUCGUUGCUGGUAUUUUCUCUGUCCUCUUGUCAAAGACGUUCAGGAAAAAGAGAAUCGAGGAAAUGCAAGAAGCUAUGAGUAGUGCUCAUAACCAGAGUUAAGAAUUAAACAUUUAUCUGGUUAUUUGUAUUUACAAUUAACUAAAAUAAAUG